UUCUAUGGAAACCAAACGAACCAAAAACCAGAAAAAGAAAAUAAAUAAGGGGCUGCUUUUGAAUCUGUGGAAACUUCAAAAAAACGAAUAUAUCUGAGAAUAUAGAGUUUCAAAUCAGUUUAAAUACUUGGUUUAAAGAAUCAGAGUAUUAAAAUCAAACAGCUAAUUCAACUUGCAGUUUGAGUAGUUGUUGAAAGAUACUGAUUCACAGAGAGAGAUCUAAAUUUCGUGUGAAUCAUGGCUUCCAGUUCAGCGAAGAACAGUCCGUUACUACCAAUGACGACGGCGCCGGCGGCCGAUUCACCGCCGCCGCGAACGGAGGAGAAGCUCUUCAAAGGAUCGGCCAUGACCAAACGCGGUGCUUAUGCUGCUAUAUCUUAUAUGUCAUGUGCUGUUCUCUUGGUAUUAUUCAAUAAAGCAGCUCUUUCUUCAUACAACUUCCCAUCUGCAAAUGUCAUCACACUCUGUCAGAUAAUAUGUUCAUGUUGUUUUCUUUAUCUCCUAAGACGGUUGAAGCUCAUUUCUUUUCAUUUGAAUGAAUCUCCGGUAAUCCCUGACAAUUUUAAAACAUUUGUGCCACUGAAGACACUGAUUGAUACUUCACCCGUUGCUGUGACCUAUCUUCUCUACAUGCUAGUUACGAUGGAGUCUGUUCGGGGAGUAAAUGUACCCAUGUACACAACCCUUAGGAGGACAACUGUUGUAUUUACAAUGAUUGUGGAAUCCAUUCUUGCAGGUCAGAGGUACAGUCGUCCGGUUAUUGGAAGUGUAGUGAUAAUCGUGUUUGGUGCUUUUGUCGCUGGAGCUCGGGACUUGUCAUUUGACUUUUAUGGCUAUGCUGUUGUCUUCUUAUCCAACAUCACAACAGCAAUAUACCUUGCAACCAUAGCGCGGAUUGGAAAAUCAAGUGGCCUCAAUAGCUUUGGCCUUAUGUGGUGCAAUGGAAUCAUCUGUGGACCUCUCUUACUUGUUUGGUCACUUAUUCGAGGUGACCUGGCACUGACAAUGAAUUUUCCUUACUUGUUUUCACCAGGUUUCCUGGUCGUAAUGUUAAUGUCUUGCAUAUUGGCAUUUUUCUUGAACUACUGUAUAUUUCUCAAUACAACACUGAAUUCAGCCGUCACACAGACAAUAUGUGGUAACUUGAAGGACUUUUUUACAAUCUCUCUAGGAUGGUUCAUAUUUGGCGGGCUUCCAUUUGAUAUGUUGAAUGUACUUGGGCAGCUUCUGGGAUUUGUUGGCUCUGGUCUCUACGCCUACUACAAACUCAUAGGGAAGUGAUUGUUGAUAAUGUCCAUAUGAUUGUUCCAGGAAAAAGUUAUUAUUUGCAGCAUAGUUUUUACCCCAUUUUUGUAUUGGUAAUUAUGCGAUGCUUGAAGAGACACUCAGCUGCAAGGUAUAAUUUCCUUAAUAGGUAAUUCAGGUAUCCGAUCCUCAUCGGGCUAGUAAAAGUCCCUGUUGACUUAAUGUUACUGAGAAUUGGGUGAGCGUAAAGGUUGUAGCUUGUUACAGGACCGGAUCUCGGCACUGCAGGGCCCUAAAAAGGAGAAUUACCCUCCAAGGACGAGGGAAACUUAAUUAGUUUGAGAUGUACACAGUAAUGACAUUCUUUUUAUGAACAGAUUGUAAUUGAAACCCAGUGCUUAACAAGAUUCUUCAUGGAGUAAGUUGUGACCCCCAACGAUGUUAGCUGUAUGAUGCCUUUCUUAGGCAAUUUUUUUACUUUUUCCUAUUAAUUUAUGUAUCUUGCGGUGUUUGUCUCGA